UACUCUUAAAAAAGAGUCUCUCUCUCUCUUAACAUUCACCAAUCACCACCCACAUUUGACAUCGAAACCAGACGUUCGGAUUUCAACACCUGCAACGCCAUUUGCUCGACGUUUAGAUCCGAUCUCCUCCUCCUCCUCUCUGUUUCUGCAUUCCAUUCCUGUUCCCAUCCUCAAUUUCUUCCCGCGGAUUCUCAGUUUACUUAUUUGUGUCAAUGCAUGAAGUUCCUGCUUUCAGUUUACUCAUUUGCAUCUGUCAAUGAUUGUGUUGGAGAAUGGAUGGUUCUAACUUACCAUAGGAAAGUGAGAUGACUUAGAAUUCUUCAGAUACAGAAACGGUUGAACUCACAAGGGUUGAUUCUAUUGGGACCGGAAGUCAAGAAGUAGGUGGUCAUCAUAGAGAGCCAUCAUUCUCCCAGUGGAUGCUCCGUUAAUUAAUGCAGAUUCGGGUGUACAAGACACUAUUUCAAAUUUCCUUUGCUCCAACUGAGUCAGUUAGUAAACGGGCAUUUUGAGGAGGAGAUAAAACAAAUAUAUAAAUUGUCAGCAGACAAUUAUGCAAUCUAGUGGUGGGGAGCCUGUUGCCCAUUUUCCUGUUCACAUUGAGGAAAAUGGAAGUGAGCAAUAUGAACCUUUUAAUAUCGAGAAUAAAUCUGGGAUGGAUAUUGAAGACGACGACCCUGAAUCCUUUCACAGUGAUAAUUAUAAUUCUCUGCAGCUAGAUGCAAAGAAUCCUCUCUCCACUGACAAUGUGCUAAAGACAUUGUUCUUUGUUCUUGUCUGGUAUACUUUCAGCCUUUUUUUGACCUUAUAUAAUAAAUCUUUAUUAGGAGACCAUUUGGGUAGGUUCCCGGCUCCAUUGCUCAUGAAUACUGUUCAUUUUACAAUGCAAGCUGUUUUAUCCAAUAUGAUAACAUGGAUUGGGGCUCGUCGAUUCCAACCACGUGUUACUAUGACAUGGAGGGAUUACUUCACAAAAGUUGUCCCAACGGCUCUUGGAACAGCCUUGGAUGUUAAUCUAAGCAAUGCAUCCCUUGUCUCGAUAUCAGUCACAUUUGCUACCAUGUGUAAAUCCGGUUCUCCUAUAUUUCUCCUCCUGUUUGCUUUUGCUUUUAGGUUGGAAACUCCCAGCUAUAGACUUUCUGGAAUCAUAAUGAUUAUAUCUGCUGGAAUUUUGUUAACAGUUGCAAAGGAGACGGAAUUUGAAUUCUGGGGUUUCAUUUUUGUUAUGCUUGCUUCUGUUAUGUCUGGCUUCAGAUGGUCCAUGACGCAAAUUCUUCUUCAGCGAGAAGCAUAUGGCUUGAAAAAUCCUAUUACCUUGAUGAGCUAUGUGACACCAGUGAUGGCCAUUGUGACUUUGAUACUAUCCCUUGGUUUAGAUCCGUGGAAUGAGUUUACCAGUAAUAGAUAUUUUAACAGUGUAUGGCAUGUUGCUCGGAGUUGCUUGCUGAUGCUUUUUGGUGGAGCACUUGCCUUCUGUAUGGUAUUAACAGAAUAUAUCCUUGUCUCCGUAACUAGUGCUGUCACAGUUACAGUAGCUGGUAUUGUAAAGGAGGCUGUCACUAUACUGGUUGCAGUAUUUUACUUCCACGAUAAAUUUACCUGGCUAAAAGGGGCUGGUCUCGUCGUAAUUAUCAUUGGUGUCAGUUUGUUCAAUUGGUACAAAUACCAAAAGCUACAAAAGAAAGCUAGUGAAGAUAAAGUGGUAGGCUCACAGCCAACAAGUGUUGCUGCCAAAUAUGUAAUUCUUGAGGAGAUGGAUGAGGAAGAUAGCCAGCGUGAAUUGUCAAAUCACAUCAUCUGAAUCCUAGUUAAUUAAAGCCACGGUAAUUUUGAACAGAUUUACUGGAAGUUUCAUUGCUCACUAUUGAAGGAAUUAUUUUUUACGGGCUCUGGUAGCUGACUAUAUUCAAAUGUUAUGCCAGUAUCCUUGUGGCCGUCUUGGGAUUUAGCUUCGAAAAGUUGUAAUCAAUUUUGUAGUGAAAGCAGACAAAUAUGAGUGGAUCUUCUACACAAGCUUUGUAUUCUAAUUAUCAAUAUUAUUUUGUUUUCUUCAAUUCAUGCUUUGAAUCUCAACCUUGAUGGUUA